AUGUACUCGAUGGUUUACCUCCUAAUCCCAUUCUUGUGGAGGAUAGGCGAGACUACACCAGUUCCACCGGCCCAAUGUCUUCCUUCCACAGACAUCACUGUUUUGUACGCGUAUUCUACUGAUAUCGACGCUGAUACAUAUGGGUAUGGUGCCUCUAGUGUGAUCGGUUAUGCUAAUAAAUAUGCAACAAUGGCAAAUGUUCGAUUUGAUACGAAACAGGAAGAAGAUAUUGAGUAUCACACGGACUCUGAAAGUUUGAGUGAUUCUCUAAAUUCCCAUUUACCUGAUCCAUCACUUGGAUAUGGAAACAAAACAACUGGAAGCAAUUUGUACACUGUUUUAAAGAAGUUUCUCAAUAAUCGGAAGGUUUCAUUAUGCGGAGCCCACGUUUUCAUUGCAGUAAAACGGUAUCCAGAUGAGACUGAUGUAUCUGACAUAAUCACACAACUUCGAGCAAAUCAUGUGAUCGUGUACAUUGCUGUGGACAGUGUCCCAUCGGGCGGUUCCAAUUCUGCAACACUUUAUGAAAUGUCAUAUCAAACCAAUGGAUAUAGUCUGUUCGCCACCGGCAGUAAUCUUCGAUAUGCGUUUGAGUGGAUGACCGCAAUACUUCAGACCCCUUACCAAAUCAUUGCUCAAAACUUUGUAGUUUCUGAAUCGGGACGAAUCGAAUUAUCGGCAUUCACAACUCCGAUACCAACGGGUUACGCAAGCCCAUGUUUUUUUGCAACAACUAUUCAAAACCACACACUUGACAAUUCAUUCGUAUCAAUGAAUUAUACAAUUGAGAGUACAGAUGGAUCUUAUGUUUUCAAAUUUCCCAGUCAGGAUGCCUUACCUCUUUUCGGAACGGCGCAAACAGAUUUCUCAACUUUGAACGGAUCCCUCUCAUACAAAUGGACAAUUGACUAUCAUUAUGACACUGAUGCUCCACAAAUCAUUCAAUUAAGAAUGUACAGUCAUUAUUAUCACGACUUCCUUCCAUUGCCAGAAUUCUAA